AUGUCAACGCCCGAUUAUCUCACGGGCAACAAGGAAGCCAUCUCGCAAUUCCUCGAUAAGUUUGACGUCUUCCUAUUCGAUUGCGAUGGCGUGCUCUGGUCCGGAGAUCAUCUCUUCCCGGGCAGUGUGCCUACGCUCGAGAUGCUGCGCAACAAAGGCAAGCAGGUAGUGUUCGUGACCAACAACUCGACAAAAUCGAGAGAAGAUUACAGGAAGAAGCUGGAGAGCAUGGGCAUCCCCGCCACGGUCGAGGAGGUGUUUGGCUCAUCGUACUCGGCGGCCAUCUACAUCUCUAGAAUAUUACCACAACGACACCCCGAGCUCAAGAAGCGGAAUAAAGUCUUCGUCGUCGGAGAAGCGGGCAUCGAGACGGAGCUGGACUCCGAAGGCGUGUCACACCUAGGAGGCACCGAUCCCGCAUACAGGCGCGACGUCACGCCGGAGGACUACAAGCUGAUGGCGGCGGGGGAUCCCAAAGCAUUAGACCCGGACGUGGGCGUGGUGUUGGUGGGCCUGGAUUUCCACUUCAACUAUCUCAAGAUGUGCUACGCCUACCACUACAUCAAGCGGGGAGCGCUGUUCUUAGCCACGAACAUGGACUCGACGCUGCCGUCCGCGGGCGCGUUAUUUCCCGGCGCGGGUUCAAUCUCGGCGCCCCUAACCAAAAUGCUGGGUGGGCAGGAGCCCAUGGCGUUCGGCAAACCCAACCAGGCCAUGAUGGAUGCCAUUGAGGGUAAGUUCAAGUUCGACCGCAGCCGGGCGUGCAUGGUGGGCGAUCGCGCAAACACGGAUAUCCGGUUCGGGCUGGAGGGUAAGUUGGGAGGAACGUUGGGCGUGUUGACCGGUGUAUCGACCAAGGAGGAGUUCUUGGAAGGUGACACGCGACCUGCAUAUUAUGUUGACCAGCUGGGUGAUCUCGUUGAGACAUGA